AUGGCGAUGUUUCGGAGCUUUGUUACUGCCAGCAGCCAGCUCCGUCGCCCGCAACAGCCAGGACCAGGACCUGGACCUGGGCUCGGGCCGCUAAGCUCUAGCUCAGUUGUUCCAGGCGACAACAUUGAGAGCCAGUUCUCCUGUCCGAUCUGCCUGGAGGUCUACCACAAACCUGUCAGCAUCUCCAGCUGUGCCCACACUUUCUGCGGUGAAUGCCUUCAGCCCUGCCUCCAGGUCACCUCUCCCCUCUGCCCUCUCUGUCGCGCCCCCUUUGAUCCUAAGAAAGUGGAACGUUCUUCUGUUGUGGACAAACAGCUGUCCUCCUUCAAAGCUCCAUGUCGUGGUUGUCGUAAGAAGGUGUCUCUGGUCAAGAUGAAGUCCCAUAUCACAUCAUGUUCAAAAGUUCAAGAACAGAUUGCCAACUGCCCCAAAUUUGUUCCCGUUCUUCCCACUUCACAACCCAUACCAAGCAAUAUUCCAAACCGCUCUACAUUUGUGUGCCCAUUCUGUGGAACCAGGAACAUGGACCAGCAAGAAUUGGUCAAGCAUUGCAUGGAGAACCAUAGAAAUGACCCUAAUAAAGUGGUGUGUCCUGUUUGUUCAGCAAUGCCAUGGGGAGAUCCUACUUACAAAAGCUCCAACUUUCUUCAGCAUCUACUUCACAGACACAAGUUCUCCUACGACACGUUUGUUGACUACAGCAUCGAUGAAGAGUCGGCUCUGCAGGCAGCUUUGACCUUGUCCCUGGCUGAAAACUGA